AUAAAAUGAAUGUAACGAUAAUACGAGAAUAUUUUGAUAAAUUUGGAGAAAUUGGACGAAUAUUUCUGCAACCAUCAGAAAAGAAGAAGAAACAACGUGGUCCUAAUUUUACAGAAGGUUGGAUUGAAUUCAAGCGUAAACGUGAUGCAAAAGUAGUUGCAAAAAGAUUAAAUAAUCAACAAGUGAACGGAAGACGCAGAACACCAUGGUAUGAUGAAAUAUGGAAUAUAAAGUAAGUAAUAAAAUAUAAAAAAAUGAAUCGAUUAGAGUUCAUUUGUAUGCUGAUGUACACAUGAUAUAUGU